AAUGCACUCAUGUGACUAUCUCUUCAAGGUGAUUCAGACAUCUAAAUAAAAAGUAGUAAAAUAAAUUUAAAUUACUGCAUUUUUCGGAAACAAGGAAGUUAGAUCCCAUUUUUAAUCAGGAUGGCCGGAUACAACAACGAAUAUGUGUGGUAUAAGAGAUGAGUUCACAAGCAGACAUGCAGGAAAGAACGAUGGGGUCAGCUUCCAACAGUCUAGGUGAUACCAUCACGUCAACAACAUCAUUUACCAGAACUACGGUUCCGAAAAUGAGAUCGCAGCUCUCAGCAUCCGGGUUAUCUAAAAUCGAAAGACAUAUCCACCAAUCAGAUGUCGUGUUAGAAAAUCCAUCAAAAUAUGUGGUUGUGACAAAAUGGUUAGCGACAAUAGUUUUUGGAGUGCUUUUAUUAGUCUGCUUGGUUUCAAGUAAGCUGUCCGCAAUUGGAAUAGCAGCUAAACUUAGUGAAACCGGAAACUGCUUCACUAACCAAAAAGGCGACAAUUCAAAAAAUUGUUCUACAAGCUUCAUAUUGCUGUUAUUAAUAUUAGUAAUACCUAAUGUUCUAACUUGUUUACGUUUUACAUGGAAUAGUCUUUAUAGGAAAGAUAGAAAAUGGCCUACAAAACUAAAAAUAUUUUAUUGCAUUUGCCUUAGUCUCAUCGAAUCGUUUGGUUUAUGUUUGUUUGCGUUGAAAGUCUUGAAAAUUAAAAAAUCUGCAACAGUAGUUCUAUUAAUGGAUGGAGUUUAUAUUGGUCAUUCAGUCGUGACUGCAUUUGUAAAUAGAAGUAGAAAUAGUCAGUUUCAGUCAAUCAAAUUUGCUGUUUCCACAAUUAUGGUAGUAGCUGGUUGUGGAAUAACUAUUUUUGUUAUAGCAAACAAAAAACUCAUGGAAAGUAAGGAUUUAUGGCAUAUAUUUGUUUCCAUACUUUGUUUGUCGAUCGCGUGGCUUCCAUGGUUACGAAAGAAAAUUGUAUCCGUUGAUCAGCCAAACUCCUACCAAACGGAAGUAGCAUAUCAGGCGACUGAAAGUAGGAGUAGUGACGAGCAAAGCCAAGGAACUAUAUCAUCAAUGUAUGGCGGUAGCAGUUUAACAAGUAGCCAGCAAACAGAUGACGGUCUGAUCGAAUCAAAAGAAAAAUAUACACAUAAAUUAAUGAUUAUUUCAUCAGGAACUAAAACAGUUUCAAUGUUUCUUUUUGCCUUUUUAAUUCAAAGUGUGUUUGAUGGUUGGUCUGUAAAGGAAUGGUCCGAAGGCUGGGAUUUAAGGCUCGGUGAUCUGGAAACUACAAAUGGUCGACAGACUUAUUUUUUCAUGAUCAAUAUCAUUACUAGUAUUUUAGGCUAUGCCGUAGGUCUGUAUGUUUUACGGACACAGAUGGGUAAAGGAGGGUUUGCAGUACCCCUUCUACUCUCAACACCUAUUACCUUUGGCAUGCUGUAUAUUAAUGACUUAUGUUCUGGACUUUAUUUUGGGAAAACUGAUAUUGAAUACAGCAACAAUAUUUGCCAUACAGGAACAGAAAAUCUGGAGUUCUUGUUACCUGCCUUGCUUCUAGUCUGCAUAGGUCAAUGUCUUUCUACUGGUUACUAUGUUUACAAGAGCUCAACCAUUGUACUGCAAAAAGAAGUCAAGUUAUUUUGGAUGCCGAUGUACAACAGCAUAUUACCAGAUCAGUGGAUGUUAUUGGACAGACGGACGCAACUUAUGGACGACACACAGGAACAGCAAGAAGAACAAAUAAAAAAGACCAAAGUUUAUAUUUGUACAACUAUGUACCGAGAGACUAGAGAUGAAAUGAAACAACUUCUUGAAUCCAUUUCUCUGAUCAAUGCAGCAAAGCAAUUUGGCACGCGCCAUUUUGAAUCGCAUAUCAUUUUUGAUGGAGGGAUAAAAGGAAACGUGAUUGGAGAUAAGGCGCUGCAACUGUUAAGUUUGGUUCCUGAAGUUUUGAAAACUGGAGAUGUGGAUACCUGUACAAAAGCUGACUUCCCUUAUGGACUUCGCCUGAGUUGGAGGUUACCUGCAUCAAAAGGGGAGGGGUGUGGUCAGCCAAUGACAUUUGUUAUUCAUUUAAAGGAUAACAGAAAGGUGAAGAAUAAGAAACGUUGGAGUCAAAUAAUGUAUAUGUCAUAUAUCUUGGAUUUCCUGGUCAAAGAAGACGCGAAUGUUGAUGAUGAAACAGCUUUCAUUCUAACAACAGACGCAGACGUCAAAUUUACACCAGACUCCGUUGAAGCUUUACUUGAUUUAAUGACACGUGACACUUCUGUUGGUGCUGUUUGCGCACGCACACAUCCGCUAGGUGAAGGGCCACUGUAUUGGUACCAACAGUUUGAAUACGCUAUUGGCCAUUGGUUUCAAAAGGCUGCAGAACAUGUAUUGGGAUCAGUUUUGUGUGCCCCUGGUUGUUUCAGUGUAUACCGAGUCAGAGCUUUACGUGACAUUAUACCUACUUACGCUUCUAAUGUGGAGAAAGGAUUGGAAUUCCUGACCAAAGACAUGGGAGAAGAUAGAUGGCUCUGUACACUAAUGGUACAAAGUGGUUGGAGAAUAGACUAUUGUGCAGCUUCGUGUAACUAUACGAAUUGUCCCACGGAGUUUGACGAGUUCUACACACAACGACGACGAUGGAUAGGUUCCACGAUUGCUAACCUGUACCUCUUACUAAAAGAGGCCAAAAUUGUUAGAAAGUUAAAUCAGGGAAUAUCAAUCUGGUUCUUGGUUUAUCAGGCAGCAUUACUGGUAUCCACUGUUUUAGGACCAAGCACCGUUAUGCUUAUUAUAUCAGGAGGAUUAGCCUAUGCAUGGGGUUUAGAAGUGAUAACAACAGUCAUCAUACAGUUUAUUCUCAUUGUUUUGUACGGAAUUAUCUGUAUAAAGACUUCACAGAAGACGCAGUUACUCACGGCGAAAAUUUUGACCUUCGCCUACGCCUUGGUUAUGAUGGCCGUUGUUGUGGGUACUGCAGAACAGAUUGUAGAAAAUCUAGCCAAUAUAAACAACAAAGCGUACCAAGAUGGAAACGAUACAAUUAAUCCAACCUUCAGCCCUGAUGCCAUUAGUAAGGAUUUUCCAAUUUCCAUAACAACGGUAUAUUUUGGUUGUCUCGUGGGACUUUUUCUCGUGACUGGAAUAUGUCAUUUAGAUGAGUUUACCUGUCUGUUCCAGGGAAUCUGGUUCCUACUGUGUCUACCAUCCGGGUACAUCAUGUUGAUUAUAUAUAGUGUUGUAAACAUAACUGAUAGAUCGUGGGGUACACGUGAAGAAAAACAGGAAAAUACUAUGAAGAAGACAAGUACAUGGUAUGAAUAUAUCGGCGCUAUUCUCAGACAGAUAUUUUUCUGUUGUGAUAAACGGCAUGACCAACAUGACAAUAAACCACCGACGAGCAUAGAAACGUCAGACAUACCAUAUGUAGGCCGAAAACGGGUAUCCUCAGAAGCAAGUGAUAUAGAAGGAAGUUUUACGAGAUCCUGGCAGGGCAGGCCUACUGGAACCAUUUAUGAGCAUCAAGAAAGCAGAGAAGAUCUUCUUAAUCAAGAUGAUCCAUACACUUAUGGAGAUGAGGAUGAAAUUAUCAAAGUUGACGACUGGUUCCAACAAAUAGAUCCGGGGUUAAAGACUGAAUAUGUAGCAUUAUUCAAGAAACAUGGUUACGAUGAUACCAGCUUCAUAGCAAGUAUGACUGAAACAGAUUUGAAAAGAAUAGGAAUAAAAAAGAAAACACAGAGAACUAUGUUAGAAAAUAGAAUAAAAGAUCUUCCCGACUUUCUCAUAGAGGCCGCUGUUCCUGACAACGUAGAUACCUGGUUAAAAGACAUUGGUUUACAUCAGUAUAAAUCAGCUUUCACAAAAUGUCACAUAAAGAAAACAAAAGAUCUGGAACAGUUAAAGACGUUUGAAAAGAAAGAUAUUGAGAAUGAACUUGGAAUUACAAAAGCAGCUCAUGUGAGACGUUUACAAGAGGCAAUAAAAUACUUGAGAACGCCUACAAAAGAGGAGCUCUUGCAUGCUGAGAUAAAACAAAGACUGGACAAUGCUAUUAAACAUGACAUACAGAAAAUAAACUCUACAGAGUAUGAGUUCUGGAAACUUCUGACAGAAACACAUCUAAAACCAACAUCGGAAGCUUUUAGCCUACUGGGACAGUUAAAGAUAAAACUAGAAGAACUAAGGAACACUUGGUUGAUGAUUUUAUUAGCGGUUAACUCCCUUUGGCUAGUGUUGAUUUCAACACUUGCGUCAAAGAUAAACUUAUUAGUCCUUGGAAGUAAUCCAGUCGGUCUUGUGUUUCUACUUAUAUUCGGCGUUCUUCUUUUAGUGCAAUUUUUCUGCAUGCUAUUUCAUCGUCUUUCUACGCUUGCGCAUUUCCUUGCUCGAGCUCCUUAUAGAUUCGGACAUGCGUACAGGUCAAGUUGGUCAUACAAGAAUGACGAGGAUAUCGCGGCAGUGGCAGCGGCUAAAAGAGCCGAAAAAGAAUGCCGCCAGAGAGAACGUAAUCGUGUCAGAAACAGACAGAAAGGUACUCGACUUCCGGAGGAUGAAAGGUCGCCAUUAAUAAAGAUUGAUACUGUAUAAUUACUUAUUUUGUAUUUUUCAUAAACUUAUUGUUUAAAGUUUAUAUGGCAAUAAAUAUUUGAAUUUGAAUUUAAAUCUUUGUAGAUUCCAUUGUUGUACCUUGACAACAUUCAUUUUCAUAGACAACUACUUUUAUACAUCGGUGUUGAUACGAUUUAAAUGAUAUCUUGUUUGUUAAUUUCCAGUAAAUAAAAUAUGUAAUUGUAUAAAGCUAAGGUUCCAAAUCCCUCAGGCAAAGAUGUCAUUUGACUUAAAUUUUUUUCUGUUAUGUUUAAACCUUUGUUGCAAAUGUCGUGCCCACAUUAUGCAUAUACAAAACAUUUCAAAUGCAAAGAAUUUCAUUCUUGUCAUGAUUGUAAGCAUUGUGUAAAACUCACUUUUAAUUUUUCACUGCCUCUGUAGUGAAAAAACAAUUAUCCUGUAUGCAUGCCUUUUCGACAAAUGUGUCUUGGUAUUUUCGAAAACACAACUAUUCCCAAAUAUCUCAAGACAUGAUCAUUGGAUAUGAAUUGUGUUUUUAAAAUAAACAAAGAGGAAUUUUUUUUUGCCAAAAAUUAUAUAUAAAAUGUGACUUCUGAUUUAUAUGAAAGAAGCUCAACUGUUUUGCCUUGCAAUACUAAAAAAAGUAAAAAAUGAAAUCUGUAUGUCCAUUCUGAUGUAAACUUCUCUGUAUGUCCUUUAGAAUAUAAACUUCUCUGUAUGUUCGUUCGAAUGUAUCUUCAAUAGUGCACCAGUUGUUUGACGAUGAAGACUUGUAGUUAUGCGUAUAGACGUUUAUUGAGAUUAUUGUAAGUCCGUUUAUCUGGGUAAAAGGGGGUAAUUUUAUAAGUCAGAACUUUCGUAUAUUUGUCCAAAAGUCGUAAAAUAAUCUGUGUUAUUUAGAAGCUUUGAAUAUAUAUAUAUUAAAAUGAUUAAUACAAACGUUUUGACGAUUUCCAUGUGUUAUGUCCCUUACCUUUGUCCUUCAUUUUGCUUCAAGUAUUCAUUCAUGAAAUUAAAAUUUCAAUUUAAAUUUCAUAAAUUUUAACAUAAUUUUUGGGAUUUGAAAUUGACCAAAUAAUGAAAUAUGCUUACCUUAUAACUAGUUACUCUGAUUGAUCAUUGAUUAUAGUUGAAAUAAAGCAUUAUGCUUUCAAAGUACGACUAUCUACAUUGUUACUGAUUGUAUCAUACUUUAUUUACUUUUGUGUUAAUAUGUUAAUUGUUACCGUUAAUAAAUGUAUGACCUCCUCAAA